GUAUCAGAACUAAUUUUCAUGAAUAUAUUUUUUAAUGUCAAUAAGUUGUACAUAUUUUCCCUAUAUUUUAUGAAGCGAAAUAAGCGUUUAUAAAAAUCGGGUUGUAUUAUUAAAUAAUUAUAUUUUUUCGUAAUAUUCAGUGAGAUAUUAUUUAUUGUGCGAGCUAUAAUAAUUAGAAAGAAGUUAAAAAAAUAUCAAUAAAUUUGUGUGGUUAUAUGUGUGUUUGUGUAGUAAGACUGUGGCUAUUCCAAUUGGGAAAAUAAUUUUAUUUGUGCAAAAAGACCAAAAAUAAAUAACAAGAUUGUUUGUUGGGAGAAAGUAAACUUAGAUAUACUCCAACAAAAUAAAAAGACUUUCGAAAGAUAAUUCUAGCAGCACAUCAGAUAAAACCAUUGUCGAUAGUGAAUUAAAAAGUAUAAGUUCAAUUAAAAAAAAGAAAUUCACAAUGGAUGAUAAAAAGCUUAAUCAAACACCAGUUGAUAAUAUAAAUGAGUCAACACCUGACUCGAAAGAAAACUCAUCGCAGAAUAAAUUAAUUAGCCCUUCUACAUCACAAAAGGUGGAGAAAAGCGUAAUGAACACAAAUAUAGAAGCAAGUCCAUGUACAGCAAUACAAAAGUUUAAUCCAAAUAUGCGUUUCAUACGUAAAAGUGUCGAACAAUCUGCUCGGAACGCAAACACAAACUAUUUAGAACUGGAAACAGAAUUCCCUCGAGAUUACGAUGAUAAUAUUGAAAUGCUAUCUCGCGAGGCGGAACAUUUAGAAGAGCAGUUCCGUACCCCAACUCGAACAAGUACAACAGAUCUAGUUGGCCAACACAAUUCAUCACUGGCCAGUGUUUCGGUGUCCGUGGAACCUCUGGUCGCAGUUCGACCAGAUGUUAAUCAUGGUUUUAUAGAUGAUACAUUACCAACAUCAGAUAAAGAAACAAAAUUAAAAGAUAGCGUAGGAAACGUUAAACGUGUGGGAUUUAAAGUGGAAGACAAAUUUGAAGAACAUAUACCGGAAAACAGUGUUAUACCAAAAGGCAUUACGAAUAUAUCUCGAUGCUUAGAACUAGGUGAAAAAGAUUCAUCUUCCACUGAACUUUUAUCAUCCGAAGAAAAAGCUGAAACAUUUAUUGAAACAUUAGGAAGAGAUGCAGGGCAAUUAAAAGUAACUCAAUCAUGUACACUUAUGCCGAAAUCGUCCUUGGCAUCUUUCGUUAGUGGCACUGCACUCUCAUCAUCAGCUAGCACCCCUGCCAUAAGCAGGCCUUCAAUUAAAGAUGAUGAUGAUGAGCCUGUUGCUAUGUCACCAUGUGGUCGCUUCUUUAAAUAUGACAAAGAAGUUGGUCGUGGUAGUUUUAAAACUGUUUACAGAGGCUUGGAUACGCAGACGGGUGUUGCAGUAGCCUGGUGUGAAUUAUUGGACAAGCAAGUGAAAAAAAGUGAACGUAAACGUUUUCGAGAAGAAGCGGAUAUGCUGAAAAACUUGCAGCAUCCUAAUAUUGUACGAUUCUAUACUUAUUGGGAAUUUACUGUAUCGCGUAGAAAAAAUAUAGUUCUAGUCACGGAAUUAAUGCUCUCCGGAACUCUAAAAUCAUAUCUUAAACGUUUUAAGAAAAUAAAUCCAAAGGUCCUUAAGUCUUGGUGUCGUCAAAUUUUAAAGGGGUUACACUUUUUACAUACCCGUCAGUUGCCCAUAAUUCAUCGUGAUCUAAAAUGUGAUAAUAUCUUUAUAACCGGUACUACUGGAAGUGUCAAAAUUGGAGAUUUGGGUCUGGCUACCCUAAAAAAUCGUUCACACGCUAAAUCGGUUAUUGGUACACCGGAAUUUAUGGCGCCAGAAAUGUAUGAAGAACAUUAUGAUGAGUCUGUUGAUGUCUAUGCUUUUGGUAUGUGCAUGUUGGAAAUGGCUGUUUCGGAAUAUCCAUAUAGUGAGUGUAAAGGACCAGCCCAGAUAUACAAAAAGGUGAUUUCAGGCAUUAAGCCUGCCGCUCUAAGUAAAGUAGAGGAUCCCAAAGUUAGAGAAAUAAUAGAAAAAUGUAUUGAAUUAAAAAAAGAAGAUCGUCCAAGCUGUAAGGAUUUACUAAACUCCGAAUUCUUCGAAGAAGAUAUUGGUAUUCGAGUGGAGCCAACAGCGACAGAAGCUUUUCUAAAUAACCCCGAUAAUAAUGUUAUUGAGUUUCGCCUAAGAUUUCUGGAUCCGAAAAAACGUUCUUCAAAACACAAAGAAAACGAAGCCAUACAGUUUGAAUUUGAUAUUAAAAAAGACGAUUGUGAACAAUUAUGUCAUGAUAUGAAGCAGGAAAAUAUAAUAUCUGAAGAAGAUGCCAGAGCUGUAGUAAGACUGUUGAAAGUACAAGUAUACUCUCUUUCAAAAGAACGGAUUCAGCGUCAGACGCAAUUGCAAUUACAAAAUGAAAAAUCUCGUUUGGAAAAAUUAGCUCUACAAAAUCAACGAGAAAUGCUUCCUCCAAAUGUCGAAGAGGAGGAAGAAGAAGAUGAAGUUGACUCUGAAGACGACGACGAUGCCAAGAAAAUCAACCAACAACAAAUCCAAUCAAUACAACAACCUCAGCAACAACUUACUUUACAAAGCGAUGAUGUUAUGCAACGUAAUGUUGAAAAUAAUAGUGAACCUCAACAAAACCAAAGUUUUGCAGGUUAUCAGCAACAAUCAAUGACAUCUCCAUGUAAUUAUACGACUGAUGUGCAAUCGCCACAACAAGCUUUGUCACCAACAACUGCUCCCUCCCAAACUCAAUAUUACAGUUCGCAAACUUCUCAACAGACAUUGCCUAACGUCCCUAAUAUGCAACAAGUGAACUACGUAACACAACAACCAAACCCACAGCAAGCGACUGUAAUUCUAGCACAGGAAACUACUACACAACAACCUCAACAAUUACAGCAACAGCUACAAGUUCCACAGCAACAAAAUGGCACACAACAACAAAAAAUGCAGCAAAUGACUUUGCCUCAACUAAAUACUACACAACCAACUCAACAACAAUCUUCCGACCAACAAUCAAAUGUUACACAACACCGUAUAAUACAAAACCAACAACAGCAGUCGACAACAUCACAAUCUACAACUCAACAACCAAAGUCAGUGGAACCAAGCUCUCAAAACUCUAGCAAAAACGUUUGCAAUGCUUCUCCAUCGCACUCCCAUCAGCAACAGCCAGAAGCAGCUAAAUUAAAGCCUCGUCGGUCAACUCGUAGUGGCACGGAACGCAUACCAAAAUUAAGCGUUACUGGAAUUGAACAUGGCACCGUAAUUAAUUGUCACAUGGAAAACAAACAAAAAACUAUAACAUUCAAAUUUGAUAUACGCGAUGUAAAUCCAGUGGAUGUUGCGAGUAAAUUGGUAAGAUAUGGAUUUAAUUUAUUUAUUUAUAAAAUUUAUAGUCAUAAUCAGGGCAAGGAUUUCUAUGCAAAUGCAUGUUUGCA